GCACCAACAAGCAGGCAGAGUGACGACGAGCUCCAGGCGCAACGCAACUUACAAGGCAGCAGGAUUCCUUUUCCUGGCGACACCCUUCGUACUUAAAUCUACUUUGCCUUCUCCCCAAACCGGGAUUUAUUUUCUUGUUGAUAUUCGCAACCCGCAACCUGCAACCUGCUUCUUGCAUCGCAUCCCCGGCACCUCCCACCAUGGCCGACGCUGUCCCCGCUGCCCUGAGGCAGGCCGAUGUCAACAUUUGGAAAUGCGCCACCAAAGCUACGCAACUUCAGGCCGUGAAGCCCAUUAUGUCCUAUUGGUGUAUGUAUUGUACAAUGAAUGCGAAGGGGUGACGGUCUCUGAUUUUCCAGGCGAAUACUGGGCUGUGAACCAAAUCCUAGCGAAACAGCUGCACACAACCGACGAGGGCAUCCUAAACUACACAACAAACUUGAUGGAUAAGCUGGAGCAGACGAAAUCAGAGCACGCGACUGAAGACGCCAUUACCGACGAUCUCGCAGGCCAGGCGUACGUGGAACAGUUUGCACAGGAGACAUUGGACCGAGCCGAACGGGUGGUGAACGCGAAUCGGGUGACACAACAAACCGCGACAACAUUCGAUGCAGCCGCAACCUUCUUCCAUGUCGCGAAUAUUUGGGGCCCGGUGGAUCAGGAGACACAACAAAAGAUCAAGUACGCAAAAUGGAACGCGGCGCGGAUUGCCAAGGCAAUUAGAGACGGCAACGACCCCAAUGAGUCGAACCCGCGACAUGAAGAGGCGCCCCAGCCGGAGCUAGAUCCGAACGACCCCGCGGUUCAGAGCUUGAGCGGCGCGUCGCCAAACACAGGGCCGAGACCUGUGACGGUAGAAGAUGUCCCUGACUCGGAAACGGCCAAGCACGCAUCGGGCGUGUCGUUGCCGCACAGCCCAGUCCUGGGCGAACCAUCUCCGAUCUCUGACGGCGGCCUCCAACUCCCGGGGGUGCCGACGGAUCUGGCCGAACCUUCACCAUCGAGUUACUUUGGACCAGAAGCAUCGGUAACCCCACCGCCACAACAUCCCGAUUACUCCCAAGCGUCCCCCGGUCUCCCACCCCCACCAACCGGAUGGACGCCAUCCCAGCAGAGCCCAACAACGAGUAUUCCGCCAACAACGUGGUCACAGGGCCCUGUUAGUCCAUCCGGAUCUGGCUUCUAUCACCAGCCUUCGGCUCCUACAACGAUACCGCCAACAUUCGCCACAAAUCCCCCAUCAACGGCUGCAGUGGCGUCACCCCCCGUUAGUCCGCCCACCAACCCUUACUACUCGCACGCGGCUCCAACCGCGAAUACCGCACGGCCGACAGCCCCUCCUGCAGCCCCGCCGGCUAGCUAUGUGCCGGUUCAGUCUGGGGGUUUCACGACGGAUGAGGCGGCAAUGGUCGGGGCACAAAAGCAUGCGAAAUGGGCCAUAUCGGCUCUCAACUUUGAGGACGUGCCUACCGCGGUAAGGGAAUUACGAGACGCGCUGAGGUUGCUCGGGGCGACAUAGGGAGUGGGAAGUGAUACGAGCUACGUAAUGAUGGUCGUGAUGAAAUGCCAGCGUAUGAUUCGAACAGCAAGAGUCUUGACGUAUUCGUUGUCUCAGGGGCCCUACUCCGGCAGAUUCGUUGUACCCGAGACAAUGUUCGUCCCGUUCUGCCGCCCGCCCCAAGCGGAAACAGCCAGCAGAGCACUGUCUCACAACAUGCUAUCUAGCCGCCUCAACGAUCUGACGGCUACCCACACGGCAGCCCUAGCAAAGCCAAUCUUGUACCACCACAACACUUUUC